UGAUUUUCUACAUAUGUAUUAGAGUUUCCACUCGAGAAGUCUGAAAUCUCGCUGAAUGAUCUAAGUUUGGGAUGCAUUAAUAUAGUGUCUCACUUCCUUCACAUUGAUUUUUUUCAUUGCCACAGCAUCCCAAAUAAAACGCUGGGUUGUGCCCUCAGUCAACGCUAUGCAGGGUGAAAUGAGAGCUGAACGUCAUUGCUGAGAGUUUUAUGGUCCAGGGGAAUGAGGGCACUGUUUACAUGUUGCCAGGGAGACGUGUCUGAGAAGGGGAAAAAAUGGCUGCAUAUACUGGAAAUGACUUCUUAGAUAUUCAUCCCAGUCGUUUCACAUUUGGCUGGCGCCCCUCGGUUUUCUGAGCUAACGUAAUGCUUUCUUUCCCCUUCAUAUGAACCGGUCGUAUGAAUCUUCUCAGGGUUACGGAGUCGGACAGGGAGAGAGGCUUGCAGAAUAUUACAAUGGCUGACCGUUUUGACUGUGACAACUGCAAGGAGUCCUUGUAUGGCCGCAAGUACAUCCAAUCAGAUGACAGCCCCUACUGCAUCCCCUGCUACGACAGCCUUUUCUCAAACACGUGCGAUGAGUGCAAAGAGCUGAUCGGCCAUGAUGCAAGGGAGCUCUUCUAUGAGGACCGGCAUUAUCACGAGCACUGCUUCCGCUGUUUCCGCUGCGAUCGCUCGCUGGCGGAUGAGCCUUUCACCAGCCAGGAUGACGCGUUGCUCUGCAACGACUGCUACUGUAAUGAGUUCUCCUCCAAGUGUGUAGCCUGCGACAAGAUCGUCAUGCCAGGCACGAGGAAGUUGGAGUACGCAGGCUCUACAUGGCACGAAGGCUGUUUCAUCUGUCACAGCUGCGAGCAGCCAAUUGGCUCCAAGUCCUUCAUCCCCGACAAGGAUGAACACUACUGUGUGUCCUGCUAUGAGGACAAGUUCGCUCCACGCUGCACACGUUGUAAAAAGACCCUGGCCAAAGGCGGUGUGACCUAUCGUGAUGAGCCGUGGCAUAAGGAGUGUUUUGUGUGCACCAACUGUAAGACGCAGCUGGCGGGUCAGCACUUCACCUCCAGAGACGACAGCCCUUACUGCCUCAAGUGCUUUGGAAACCUGUAUGCCAAAAAGUGCGAGGCCUGCAGCAAACCAAUCACAGGUUUCGGGGGAGGAAAGUACAUCUCAUUUGAGGAUCGUCAGUGGCAUCAGCCGUGCUUCACCUGCUCCCAGUGCUCUGUUUCACUGGUAGGUGCCGGCUUUUUCCCCGACGGUGACAGGAUCCUGUGCCGCGACUGCAACAGCAACCUAUAGAGCAGUCGUUCGCCAGAUUCUCACCCUUCCCUUGACUUUACCUUCCACCCUUCGUCAUUUCAAGAAGCCCGAGUCAUUGGCGAGGAAGGUAGCGCAGGAUAACAGACGCUGCCUCUCAGGUUGUUUUUGUAUUAGGAAAUCAGUUCCUCGUGAUUCCUGUCUGGGUCAGAUUUUCAUCCAGGAGAUAAUGCGCUAAAUCCUUUUUUUUAUUUUAAAUGCUGCAUUGUUUGAAUGAAAAUAAAUUUCCUCUUUAGCCAAAAAUGCUAAGGAUUUUGUGAAUGGAGUGCCUUAAAAAAUAACAUCACUGAUAUGUUAUGUGCUAUUGAACCAAAGAAAUGCAAAAUGCUAGUCACUUUGCAAAAUAAUUCCUUCAUAUUUUAUAUUAAAAAGCUGCAGGUAGGGUUCAGUCUCUGAUUAGAAGGCACAGAACACUGAUACGGUAUCUUAUGCUGUUGUAAUGUUCUUACAGCUGCAGUUUUAAGCAUCUUAAUUACAAUAUGUCAGAAAGUAAAAAACAAAAAAAAAUGAGGUAGUCAGUUUAUGGUAGUUCGGAUUUAAAAAAAAAAAGUCGUUUGCACUUUGGAUAAGAUAUUCUUUUACUACAACAUUAUAUGCACAUGAUGACACAAUUUAAAAACCAUGGCACACAGACCACUUUUUUCUGUCAUGUAUCUGCUUUUGUUGAACUUUGCAAUGACACUUAUUUUUUACGUAAAGUUUCUCCUUAUUUCUAUGUCUUUUUUUCAUUUGUUGUAAUGAAUCCUUUUAUCACCAUUGCUCAAAGAGCCAGCAUUUAUAACCCAAAAGAAGCUGAAAUGCAAUGUAAUACUGUUGUGUAUUGGGAGAGCAUGCAUGUUGUUGUUGUUUUGUUGCUGUUAACGCUGUUAGCGUUUUGUUUUGCAUUGUUAGGUUGUAACGUAUAUGUCAAAAAAUCAUGAGACAAAUACUUAUUUUUCAUUAUUUCAGCUUUGAUGCUGGUGAGUCAGAGUUGGCAAAUAUACCUUUAAAGAUGAGGCAAUAACAGUAUGAACUGACUGUAAAAAGAAAAUAAAAGGUAAUUGCUACAUGUUUAGUUUUAUUUGUGAAGGCUUAUUAAAUAAAUUUACACUGACUGAU